CAUAACACAGUCCCAAGCCGCAGUCCUUGUUACGCAUUCAAAGCCUCAACAGACCCCGAUCUCUUUUCGUUGCUCAAUUUAUUUCUAUUUUCUUCUCUAGAAACCAAUCUUUCGCACUCUAUAUUCCUACUCACAAUUCACCAUGUCUCUCUCCAACAAACUCAGCAUCAGCGACCUUGAUCUCAAGGACAAGCGUGUCUUUAUCCGGGUCGAUUUCAAUGUCCCUCUAGACUCGGAAAAGAAGGUCACCAACACCCAGAGAAUAGCUGGCGCCAUUCCCACCAUCAAGUAUGCUGUCGAAAACGGUGCAAAGGCCGUUGUCCUGGCGUCCCAUCUCGGCAGGCCCGAUGGCAAGGCCAACCCCAAAUAUAGCUUGAAGCCCGUUGUCCCCGAGCUCGAGAAGCUUCUUGGAAAGAGUGUAACAUUUGCCAACGAUUGUGUGGGCCCCGAGGUUGAGGAGAUUGUCAACAAGGCUUCCGGCGGACAGGUCAUCCUUCUUGAAAACCUCCGUUUCCACGCUGAAGAGGAAGGCAGUAGCAAAGAUGCUGAGGGCAAGAAGGUCAAGGCAGACAAGGCAGAUGUGGAAAAGUUCCGUGCCGGCUUGACUGCCUUGGCUGAUGUCUAUGUCAACGACGCUUUUGGGACUGCUCACCGUGGUCACAGCUCCAUGGUCGGUGUCAAUCUACCCCAAAAGGCUGCCGGCUUCCUGGUCAAGAAGGAGCUCGAUUAUUUCGCCCAAGCUCUCGAAAACCCCAAGAGACCAUUUUUGGCCAUCCUCGGUGGUGCCAAGGUCUCGGACAAGAUUCAGCUCAUUGACAACCUGCUCGGAAAGGUAAACAUGCUGAUCAUCACGGGUGCCAUGGCUUUCACAUUCAAGAAAACCCUUGAAGGCGUCAAGAUUGGCAACAGCUUGUUCGACCAGGCUGGAAGUGAAAAGGUUGAGGGCAUUGUGGCAAAGGCGAAAGAGAGCAAUGUCAAGAUCAUCCUCCCCGUCGACUACAUCACUGCCGACAAAUUUGGCGCGGAUGCGCAAACGGGCUAUGCUACUGAUGCCGAUGGCAUUCCUGAUGGCUGGUUGGGUCUCGACGUGGGCAAGAAGAGUGUGGAGCUGUAUAAAGAGGCGAUCGGCGAGGCCCAGACCAUCCUCUGGAACGGUCCUCCGGGUGUUUUUGAAAUUGAAAAGUUUGCCAGCGGCACUAAGGACACUUUGGAUGCUGCCGUGGCAGCGGCGCAAAGCGGCAAGGUGGUCAUCAUCGGAGGUGGAGACACGGCCACAGUGGCAGCCAAAUAUGGAGUCGAGGACAAGUUGAGCCAUGUGUCGACUGGAGGCGGUGCCUCCCUGGAGCUUCUUGAAGGCAAGGACUUACCGGGGGUGUCUGCUCUGUCCAGCAAGUUGUAACCUGGUGUUUCAAUGCGGGAAGAGUGAAAUUCAGUCAAGCGAGCGCGUAUCCAAACCCCGAACCUAUGACGAGCAAGAAGAAAGUCACAUAAGUCUCGCUGUAUGAUAGUUUUAACGAGUUGCAGUUGCCGACCCAGGAAACCUUUCGGACCUGACUAGUGCAAUAUCUCUAUGGCCUCAAUAAACCCAAGAACGCCGUGCACAAUGCAACUUGAUUUGACCUUUGGUGAUGUAGACGAAAGCCUAUUUAUUUCCUUCGACCUUUUUAAGCUCCUCUCUGGUAUGCGUGGUCAGUGGUCGUGGCUAGG